AUUACCUGCGAGGGGUGGGGGGGGUUCAAAGCUCCGAACACUUAAAGCAGAGCAGCAGCAUGCAGUCUCCAGGAAAGGAUCCCGUCAGGUCGGGUUUUCACAGAGUCGAGAUCCAGCAAACCACAUGGGACGUCCCGGACAGGUACACAGCACUGCGGGCCAUCGGCUCCGGAGCCUACGGGACUGUGUGUUCUGCCAUGGACCAGGACUCCAAAGAGAAAGUGGCCAUCAAGAAGCUGUAUCGGCCUUUCCAGUCCCUCAUCCAUGCUCAGCGGGCCUACAGGGAGCUCCGCCUCCUCCGCCACAUUCAGCAUGAAAACGUGAUCCGCCUCCUGGAUGUCUUCACGCCUGACUCCACUCUGGAGAAAUUCCAGACUUUCUACAUGGUGAUGCCCUUAGUAGCUCAGGACCUGGGUCACAUCAUGAAGAAAAAGAGAUUAAGCAACCGGAUCGUCACAUACCUCUUCUAUCAGCUGUUAAGAGGCCUGAAGUAUAUCCACUCUGCUGGGAUCAUCCAUCGGGAUUUGAAGCCAGGGAACCUCGCUGUAGAUGAGAACUGUGAACUAAAGAUUCUGGACUUUGGUCUGGCUCGGCACACAGAGAGUGAAAUGACUGGUUAUGUGGUAACUCGAUGGUACAGAGCGCCAGAGGUCAUCUUCAACUGGAUGCACUACACUCAGACAGUGGACGUGUGGUCAGCCGCCUGCAUCCUGGCUGAAAUGAUUAGCGGUCAGGUUCUUUUCCCGGGACAUGACAGUAUCGAUCAGUUGAAGAGGAUCCUCCGCCUCACAGGAACUCCAGACUCGUCACUCGUGCAGAAGAUGCAAAGUAAAGAUGCGCAGUCAUAUGUUCAAGGCCUUGCUCCCCAAAAGAAGAGAAACUUCAAGGAGGUGUUUCCGUCAAUGGAAGCCAACG